AUGUCUACUCUAAAUGGCCGCAACUCGCGUACUCCGCUAGAGCUUUUGUCCGAGUUCGACGACUUUUGUUCAUAUCUGUUGCUGGACAAGUUAUACCUUUGGUUUGAAUCGAGAAAAAUACAGGACAACUUUGCUCCGUUUGAGGUAUCGCAGGAGGUGAUACAUGAGAUUAUAAAGAAGCAUGUUGUGGAGCGAAAAGACGAAAAGUCGGCUCUUGGCGCACUGUUGGAGAUUCCUGAAGUUUCCGAACGCUUUAGAGAUCUAGAUGAGCGGAGUAGGCAGCAAUUCUCUCAACAUGCACGGCGCUACUUGUCAAUGUACCGGCCCGAUGCAGGUUUUGAAGUGAGUCAGACUAUAAGAUACGAAGCGAGGUCUGGAAAACCUGAAGCUUGUGUAAUAGCAACGAAGGAUCUUAGCGUAGGAGACCAGCUGGUUCAUUGCUCAGGGACUCUGGUGCCUCUUGAGGCUGACGAAGAGAGAGACAUCGAAGAAGGACGUGACUUUACCAUCAUGUACUCAUCUAACAGGAACAAGUCGAGCUUGUUUCUUGGCCCUGGGCGUUUCGUCAACCACGAUUGCCAGCCCAACGUGGAGUUCUUCCGAAAAAGCCAGGCAUCGAAUGCUGUAUCCUUCAAAGUAUGUCGGGACAUCAAAAUAGGGGAAGAAAUUUUCUGUUUUUACGGUGAAGACUAUUUCGGAGAUAAUAAUAGAGAGUGUUUGUGUUCUAGCUGUGAAAGAAAUCGACGAGGUGGAUUUGCGCGAUCGGGUGAUGACAUUGAUCUUGACAAUCUGGACAAUGUAAUAGCACCCGAGACGCAACGUGUCACACGGCAAAUGUUACGGAGGAGGAGGUCUAUUGACAAUGGUGUAACAAAACCAAAAGUACCAUCGCCUCCACCGCCAUCUCCUCCCAAACCACCAACUAUAACACAAUCUCCACAACCGCUGGUUCCGGCUGCAACGCUCACUACCGAAGUCAAGGACUACCUUCAUCCAGAUAUUACCUAUUCAAUUUCGACGGAUGCUACUGACCAGCUUCCGGUCGAUGUGCAAUCUAACAUUGCAGACACGAUUACUUCCUGCUACCUCCCUACAAAUACAGUCUUUACUACCUCUGUAGCACAUCCUUUCACUUCGUCCUAUGGUAGUGCCUGGUCGGACUCAAUACCUACCCCCCCGCCACCAUCUUAUUUCGCCCAAGAAGCAACUUUCUCAAUACAGCCUCUCUUUCAGCCUGCUGGGUAUCACGACAAUUCCCGUUCCUCAUCUCGUAUGUCCAUCGCAUAUCUUUGCGGCGCGUCCGACGAAGCCAACGAUUACAGUGAUCUGUUUUCCGACUCUGGUUCAUCUCUUUCUGAUGUCUCGACCGAUCUGACCGAAACAGCCCGAUUCGGAGAAUUAAGAGGAGAAUGUCUGAUUUGCGAAGAAGAGACAUUUUUGAUUUGGGAUAGUUUAUGUUUUAGAUGCGAUAGGCAUUCCAAACUUUUCGGGAACCCGUGGCCGUUGAGACGUGAACCGGGAAAGAAGGCAACACCACCCACGAUCCCUAACCCGCCUCCUGUACAGACUGUGAAGCGAAGCAAACCCGCGAAUAACCUUCCGGAUUUUUCCGAGUUACCUGUUUCUGUAACAACAGGCAGCCUUCACUUCACAGGACUUGAAUUUGAGAUACGAAAAAAUAAAUACUGUUUUAAGAACGGAUCCAACAAGGAAUAUACAACAGUUUGUGAAUAUCGAUGGAACGAUAACUGGCUUCGCUGGGACACUGACAGAAACCUCGUAAAUGUGACUAAUUUAUGGAAGGCAGCAGGCAAGCCAACGCGUCACCUUUAUGCAGCAAUUACAGCGGUGCGCCGAUGGAGUGCGGCAGUGGUGACGCACGUUGGCGGAUGUACAAAGAUUGCCGGGAAAUGGUUUCCAAUGGAAUAUGGCUAUGAAUUUGCCCUUGAAUAUUGUUACAACAUUCGCGAAAUUCUUAUACCUAUAUUCGGACAAAAUUGGUGGGAAUCACCAUUUAAUCCGUAUAGCUUUACUAUGAAGCCUUCUAAUAUCGAUCAGCGUAUUCUCGAUGAUGGGCUCAUAUGCAUUGCUGAUAAAGGCAACCCGACAGAAACAGAUGGAAUCACUCAAAUUUUACAAUCUUCAGAUGUGGAUGAGUAUCAUGGCUCAGAUGACGAUGUUAUCAUGGUGGAGAUGUGGGAGAGUUCCAGUUCGAGAGCAUCUACGCUGAAAGGAUGCGUCGGAUCUAAGAGUGGACGAAAACGUCGAACGAAGCAUCUGGACAACGAUACUGCCUCUGAUUCGAUGCUCAGCGCCUAUUACGACGACGAUUCAAGUGACUAUCUCACGCCUUCCAAAAAACAAAGAAUAGUAGAGGAAUUGUCUUGGAGAAAUGUUAGAAGGGAGGACGAUUCCUCUGCUGAAACGCUAUCCGUUUUGUCCGAAAUGGAGGACACUUCAAUUAUGCAUAGUUUCUUCGACACAGAUAGCAGCGACCUGUCUGAUACUGAUAGUCUUGUUACAAGCGUAUCUGCAAGAAGUGAUCACUCGGCAGACAGUUACAUACAAUCCAGUGAUCUUGCGGUGGAUUAUGAUAGUAUAGAGUCUGAAGAGAUGAGCAGUCUUUCGGAAGCAGCAAGUGCUACAUCUAUCGAAGAAAUCGGUACUAAAAGCAGGAAAUCGUUCAUAAGGAAGAACACAAACUCAAAAAAUAAUGGAAAAGCACGGAAUUGCAACAAGGGUUUUGAUAUAGAUGAUGAGAUUAUGUCUGAUGUGUUGCAGUCACAGUGGAAGGUUGGAGACCUUGUGGACAUAUCAUGGGCACGUAACGUGAUAGUAUGGUAUCCAGGGAAGAUAAAAAAUAUUGAUACGAUUAAUGGUAAACGGAUUUAUCGUGUUCAUUAUAUUGGAUGGAACGAGAGGCACGAUGAAUGGGUAACAAAAGAACGUUUACGCGAGUUAAUCAUCAUUUGUUUGAUAGACGACGACGAAGAACAAAGCGAGAAUAAAGGAAGCGAUAAUGAAGAAAGCGAUGGUGGAGAAAGCGACGGUGAAGAAAGUGAGAGUGAAGAGAGCGAUAUCGAAGAGAGCACUAGUGAGGAAAGCGAAAGUGAAGGCUCCCUCUACGAUGAUAACUUGUGUUAUUAG